AUAAUAAUCACGUGUCAAUGUCAGGCAACAGGCGUUUGUUUACAUUGUUUAAUUCUUGUGUUCUAUUCUUUAAUAAUAAUAAAUUAAAAAUAUAAAUCGACAAUAAAUUAACUAUCAUUAUUUAUAAGCAAUAAAAUUUUGCAACCAUAAAAAUGUCACGACCUCGCAAGAAGGAAGAGAAAAUGUUACAAUUACAACCACGUAUAACAGAAUAUUUUAAUCAAAGAAAAAGAAAACGAUCACUAGAUGAUUUAAAGGACAAUGAAAAAUCGAUUAAAAAUCCAAGAAAAGUUGUAGCAUUGACUAAAAAUGUCAAUCCAAGAAAAGAAAAUAAUGCAACUUUGAAUGCUUCAAAUUUAUUAAUUUCAGUUUUAAAAAAGGAAACAAAAUCAAAAUAUACUAAUGUUAAAGUAAUAAAAGAUUCGUCAACAUUUAACACACAAAGAACGAUAUCAACAACUGUAGAAAAAAUUGAUUCGCCUACUAAAAAAGAAGUAAAAGAAAAACCACUAAUUAAGGAAAAAUUAAUUUUAGAAAAAAAACCAAAUGAAACAUCUAGUGAUGAUGUUAAAACAACAAAAAUUGAUUCACAACAAACAAAGAAUAUUAAAAUUUCAAAAUUAGAAACGAAUAUUCAAACUCUUAUUCCUAAAAGAUUACAGAAAGAAGAUGAAAUUGGAGAUAUGUUAAAAACUAAUUUACCGUUACCGGAGAAUUAUAAAUUUCUUCUGAAAGUUUUUUCAUGCAUUGAUGAGGUGUCAAUGAUGCUUUACAAACGAGGCGUGAUUAUAACAUUUAAGAAAUUACAACCUGCUCUUAAAAAUAUGUCAAAAAAAACUGUUACUUUAGAUGAUUUAGGAAAAAUCCAUUCACUACUUCCCGAAGCAUUUUCGUUUAAACGAAAAAGAUUGCAAUUUUCAGAUCCAAAUAAAGUAGUUUACGAAAUUGUAUUAGAACCGUCAUUCAAUAGUGAAUCUAAUAUUCAUGAAGAAAGCAAAGAGAUACUUUCUGUAAGAAAGAAAAAAUUCUACACAGCACUUUUAGAAAGAGUUAAACGUGAACAUGAAAUAUUUUUAAAAGAAACUAGCAAAUCGAGGUCAGUGAUUCGAAAAGUAAAAAUUAAUUGUUGGCAUCCUAAUUUUGAUUUUGAAAAAUGUCAAGAAAUUGAAGUUUCUGACUUGGCAGUUUUUAAAACAACUAAAAUAGUUUCACCUAAACAAGUUUUGGAAAAGGUAAUGAAAUGCUUAAAAACUGAUUCGAAUUCUCAGAUGCCAAUAGAAGAGGCUUCAAAAAAUGUUUCCAAACAAGAUGAAGAAAAUCAAGAUUAUUAUGUUAAGCUACCUGCUACAGCUAAAAUGAUUCGAAAUAUUUUUUUAAGUGAACGAAAAAAUGUGUUAACCUUAAGUACAUUGGUAGAAAAGAUAAAAUUUUCUAUUACUAAAGAACUAUUAAUUCCUGAACUGGAAAAACAUGUUCGAUUAUUAUGUAAAAUUGUGCCCAAUUGGAUAAGUCUAUUUAAAAUAGGAAUAUGUGAUAGAGUAAAGUUGAAUAAGGAAAUACCUUUUGAAAAGGUUGGAAAAAUAUUAGAAAACUUGACGAAAAACAAAUAAUUAAUUAUAUAUUAUUGAAAUUUACUAUCAAGUACUACUUGAAUGUUAAAUAAUUAUAUAUUCAUAUAUGAUAUAUAAGUUGCUUUGUUAUUUAAAAUAAAUUUGUGUCAAAUAAUUAAAAAAAAAAACAAAUAAUUAAAAUUAAAUUUCAUUUUUAUUGUUAAAAACAAUAUUAUACAAUAAAUGGUUAACAAAGUUUACAUAUACAUUAACCAAAUGUUUCUUGUAUUUACAUUUUUUUUUAAAAAUACACGUUUUGUUUGUAUAAAAUAAAAAAAUUUUCUUUAUUUAAACUUUUCUCCUAAUAUUCUAUAUAUUUGUAUUUUAUUCCUCAUAAAUCUUUGUUGUGAAGUGACUGAUUUCAUUUUUUUUUCUACAAUAUAGCUUUAAAUACAUUAAAAUAUCGUAUAUUUAACACAACAAAACGUCUCAAAAAUGAUAAAAGUUUAAUAGUACAAAUUUUUCUGAAAUUCUAAGAAUAGAAUAAAAAAUGUUAAUGAAAACUGAAAUUGUACGUCAAAAGUGAGAAACUCGAAUAAAUAAAUAUUAAUAAUUUUUUUUUAAAAAUAAAAUUCGUCAAUUUACAAAAAAGAAGAUUGUAUUU